GUAUUACCAAUCCCGCCUUACGUGCGCCUACAAAAACACCGACGCCUCCCGAUCAAAAUUCAAGGAUCACAGCAAUCCAUCGGUUUCGACUCCGGAGCACAACACUUCACGUACUACUCUUCAGUUCCAGAAAAGAAAAGAACUGACCACGAUGGCCAGGAUGAUCUGCGGCCGCACGGGCGAGCCGGCGGUGCGCAAGGGCCCAUGGACACUGGAGGAGGACCUCAUCCUCGUCGGCUACAUUUCCCAGCACGGGGAAGGCUCUUGGGACAACCUCGCACGCUCUGCUGGUCUGAAUCGCAAUGGGAAGAGCUGCAGGCUGCGGUGGCUGAACUACCUGAGGCCGGGGCUGCGGCGCGGCAGCAUCUCGCCAGAGGAGGACAUGGUCAUCCGGGAGCUCCACACGAGGCUGGGGAACAAGUGGUCCGAGAUCGCCAAGCACCUGCCCGGCCGGACCGACAACGAGGUCAAGAACUACUGGAGGACCAGGAUACACAAGAAGCCGCACCAGAGCAAGCUGCAGCUGCAAGCGCAGCAGCACCCAGGCCUGGACUCCGUGGCCACCAGCGAGUCGGCGUCGGCGUCGGCGUCGACGAGCCAGGCCAGCUCCACCGUCGGAGACGAGUACAUGCAGGCGAGCUUCCCUUACCCCGAGCUCACCUGGGUCGCCGACCAGUCCGAUGUGGGCGCGAUAACGACGCGGUUCUUCUCCUCGUCCGACGACUUCGGCGACAACGUUUGGAACGUCGAGGACAGGUUCUGGGAGACUCUGCCGUUUGCAGACCCAGUGUACGAAGCACUAUAGGAUAGGGUGGGCACGCUGCUGUGAGCAAAGCAAACCCGCUAGGGAUACACAGAAUAUAGAACGCGAGCUGUCAUUCUGUACUACUUGGAGUUGGAGGCAGCCAUUUCCCAGAGCUUGCUUGGUCUCGCUUCGUUUCGGUGAUUCCAUUUUUUUUCGCGAGGUGAAGGCUCUGCAGUCUUCACUUCCUGGACUACAGCAUACUAGAGAACUGCUGGCAAAAGCAGAGUAGUACAUGCCAUGUCUUAUCUUCUGAGGUAUAUAUGCUGUAACAGUACUGAAAAUUUUGGCGAUAAAAAAAAACAGCGCGUGUGCUUUGUCAGAUAAGCUAAGGAAUGUAACGAGCAGUGCCGUAAUUCAGAGUUUGACACCGUAUUUUUAAGCAUUUUA